AUGAAUUACACCAAGGUAACUGAACUAAUGGACAAAAUAGAGCAGAUGAUGGAGCAGAAUGGAGGAGGUUUCCUCCGCUGUGAGAUGUUCAAGGAGCCUGAAUCAGCUGCGCUAGGAGCGAUAGAGGGCUCACUGAUGGGCACUGAACAGAAGAUGGAGAGGACGCAGAAUCCACAGGCACAGCCUAGAGAACAACAGCAAAUGGGAAAAGGAGAAAAAGUGGUUGUGGGUGACAGACUGAACUUGGCGUUGUUUGGGAGCAGUGGAACUGGGAAGACUUCUGCAGGAAACGCCAUUCUGGGACAGAGGGGGUCCAGUGUGGAUCCCAGCCCCUCUUCAGUGUGUGAGAGGAGAGAGGGAGAAGUGUGCGGUCGCUUGAUUACCGUGGUGGAAAUGCCAGCUCUGUGUGAAUCACAGCUCUCUGCAUCCACUGUGUCUCGCCUCUUUACCUCUCUCUGUGGCCCUGGAGUUCAUGCCUUCCUCCUGGUCAUACCAGCUGCUCCCCUCACUGAUGAAGACAAGGCAGAAAUAACAGGGAUUCAGGAGAUAUUUGGCUCAAGAGUGACUGAUCACAUGAUGGUCCUUUUUACCCAUGAAUAUCCAGAUGCUCAACCUGUUCAUGAAUUUCUGCAGCAGAAUAAAGAUACUCGGGAGCUUCUGAAGAUGUGUGGCGACAGGUUCUUUGUUUUCAAUCAGGACAUUGUAAAUGACCCAAUAGUUCCAGAGCUUCUGAAGGCUAUAGAGGAGAUGAAUAGAGCAACAGAAAGCUGCUUUUCCCUGGAUAUGUACUUGGAGACACAGCUGGAGAAGGUCAGAGAGCUGGAGGCCAGGCACAAGAUUGAGCUAGAGGAGAAGAACAGAAAGAUCAGAGAAUUAGAACAAAAUACUAAGGGCACAUCACUGGGCAUUAAAGGUAAAGAUCAGAGCUCGGACUGUGUGAGGAUAGUGCUCGUGGGGAAGACAGGAAGUGGGAAAAGUGCCACAGGAAACACCAUACUGCAGAGGGAGGAGUUCCAGUCUGAGCUCAGUUCAACAUCAGUGAUGGUCUGCUGUAAGGAAGGAGUAGGAGAAGUAGCUGGCAGGCAUGUUGCUGUAGUUGACACACCAGGUCUCUUUGAUGUACCAUGUUCUAAUGAGGAGGUCCAGCAGGAAAUAGCCAAAUGCACCUCCUUUUUGGCCCCAGGACCUCAUGUGUUUCUCCUAGUGCUACCAAUUGGAAGAAUGGGAAGGGAGGAGGAGGACACGUCGCAGCUUAUUAAGAGUACCUUUGGUACAAUGGCUGAAAUGUUCACCAUAGUCAUGUUCACAAGAGGGGAUGAUCUUAUUGAAUCAAUUGAAAAAUACAUUCAAAGAGGUGGCCCUACAAUCCAAAAUCUUAUUCAAGACUGUGGAAACAGGUUUCAUGUCUUCAAUAAUAAAGACAAGAGCAAUCACACCCAAGUGUUUGAGCUGCUGGAUAAGAUAGACAUGAUGGUGAAGAAAAAUGGAGGAGGCUGCUACACCAAUGAGAUGUUCCAGGAGGCAGAAAUCACCAUAAGGAAAGAGUGUGAAAGAAUACUGAGAAAACAGAAGGAAGAAAUACAGAAAGAGAAAGAGGUGCUGGAGGCAAAACAUGAAGAGGAGAUGAAAGAGAUGAGGAGGAGGAUAGACGAGCAGAGAAAUAAAGUUCAGGAAGAAAGAACUCAUUGGGAAAAAGAGCUGAAAGAAGAACAUUUACAGAAGGAGCUGGAAGAGUGGAAGAAAAGACAGCAGGAGGAAAAAGAAAAAAUAGCUGAGCAAGAUAAAAAGAAGAAAGAAAGACAAGAAUUAGAGUGGAAGAACAAAAUGGAUGAGAUAGAGGAAGAGAAGAGGAAAAUGAAAGAGGAGUGGAAACAUAGGGAAGAGGAAGAGAAGAGGAGAGUAGAAGGAGAGGAGAAACAGAAGCUCGAGCUGAUAGAUGAACAAAGAAGAAAAAAUAAAGAAUUUGCGGAAAAGCAAGCAGAUGAAAAGAAAAGGAGAGAUAGAGAGGAGCAGGAGAGGAAGAACUGUGAGGAGAGAGAAAGAAGGGAGUGGAAACAGAAAAUUAAAGAGGCAGAGAAAGAGAAAAAAGAGAUAAAGGAAGAGAUGAAGAAAAAAGCUGAGGAAUGGGAACAGGAAAGAGAAAAGGAACGUAUAAGGAAUGAGGAGAUGGAGAUGAAAAGGAAGCAGAAAGAACAGGAAGACAAGAGAGAGUGGGAUGAGAGACAAAAGAAAAUGGAGGAUGAGUUUGAGAAAGAGAGGGAACAAGAAAGAAAAAGGAGAGAAAAGGUCAGGCGACACAAUGAGGAAAUAAUGGAGAUGUAUCUUGAAGAAAAAAGAAGUCAGUUGAAAAAACAACAAGAGGAAUGGGACAAGGAAAGAAAUGCAGAGAGAGAGAGAAGAUAUAAAGAGGAUGAGCAGAGAAGAGAGGAGGAGAGGAAAAGGCUGGCAAAGCUGCGGGAGGAAUUCGAGAGGGAACGAGAGGAGGAGAACCAUAAGAGGAAAAAGGAAGAUCAGACCAGGACUGAAAGAGAAGAAAAAAAAUGUAAAGAAAUUGAGGAAAACUACAAAAAGGAAAUGGAAGAACUGAGAAGGAAAUAUGAAGAAGAUGCUAGAAAACAAGCAGAUGAAUUUAAUGCAAAAUCCAAAAGAUCAUGUUCAUGUGUAAUAUUGUAAUGCUGCAGUGGGCAUGCUAGAGUAGUAGAACGUACCAUUACUUCAGGGUAUGCCAAGAUCUAGAUGUGGAACGGACCGAAAAUAAUUUUGUUUUAUGAGCAAGAAUAUGGGGAAUUAAAAAUAAAAAAUUUUUUUAAUGAAAUUUCCCCACUUUUUUCUUUUUCCAAUUCGCAAUGGCAAAUAAUGCUCACAGUGCAAGGUUCAUUGCAACCUCAGCUAUCGACUCGGUAGAGCACAGACAAACAAGAGAAAUCAUGUGCGUUCAGUUAACGCUUCUUAUACCGCAGUUGGCCUCAAACACACAUGAGGCAGGGUCGCAUGAUGAUGGUGUGGUCAGCACUGCGUUUUUCGGGAGCUCCAUACUGCUCGACGAUAUUAAUGUAUGUUUAGCGCAUCGUCUACAUUUUAUACAACCAACUUCCACAGGAGUUCCUAGGGUUUUAUCUUUGGAAGAAUUCUGGACACAAUCUUUUCCCAAAAGGAUACGAGGUAGAGGGAAAACUGCAACAAAAAAGCUGGUGAGGAUGAAACGCUCGUCCAUCAAAAUGGCAACCAGAAUGGCUCUGAGGGGGUCGCAACUGCAGCUGCUGCAGCCGGAGCUGAACUCGAUACUGCCUUGGCUAAAGCCUUAAGUGUGAUGACUGCUGAUAUUAUGAAAGUUAUUGAUGAAAAGCAUAGCCCUGUCAUGCUGACUGUGCAGACACACACUUCCAACAUUGCUUGGGCUAGCCAGCGUUUAGAUGAGGCCGUGUCUGGAAUUCUCGCAGCUCAAAACUAAUCUUCUGCACACAGUGAGUCCCUUGAUGUUAAAAGUUUACAGAAUCUCCUUCUACAUCGGCUUCUUAACAUCUGUGUUUUGAGGUGGAAGGGCUUUGAUGGGGCUAAGUGAUGGCUGCGGAAAAUGAAAAUCCCAUACACCAUGCAGUUCCAAGCUAUUCUACAGGUAACGCACCAGGGUAGGCCUAAACAGUGGAAGUUCGAUAUCCCGAUGCAGGUACAGGACUUUUUAAAAACUGUUGACACUUUAGGUAUAUCCUCCUUAGCUGGCUUUAACCACUGAUGUACAUGACAAUUGCUAACUAAUGUAGAUUACCAAUUUGCUGUGGGUGUUUCUUUUGAUUCAAAAUUUUUUCAAACAUUUUUUUCUGGAAGUCGGAAGUUGGAAGGAUCCUGUGUUCAUUUAUUUGUUUGUAUGUUUUUUGUAAAAGUUGCAUGUUGGUAGAGAUACAAAUGCUUACAAAACUCA